AUGAUCACACCUGUACAAUCCUCCAUGGAGUCGCACCUCACAGUCGACUCUGCCGGCCGCGAGUUCGAUCAAUGGCUUGACUGGAACGGCGCCGUCCAUACAUCUCCCGGAGACUCGAUUGGAGACCAUACACUGGUCGAGUCCGAGAACAACCUCUUUCGUCUCCCUAUAUCUCCCUCGUCUACUGCAAACGGCGACCAUCAUCUGUCGCACAUCAAGACCGACUUCCUCACCGCCCCUCCUUCCUUGGACGUCCUGACACCCCGGCAUAGUCCGGUUUCCCCAGCAUCACGCUCCAGUUCCGAACUAAGACUCAGCGGAGAUACGUUACGAGACCAACCAACCUUCAAUGAGCGCCCAAUGUUGAAACGGAAGCUCUCGCCUUCAGAUGUACCCACCACGAAUAACCGCGUGGACGCGCCGACUCCAGCGGCGAAGAAGCGCCCGCACAAUGUGAUUGAAAAGAGAUACCGAGCCAAUCUCAACGAGAAGAUCGCGGAACUCAGAGACAGUGUGCCCAGUCUGCGAAGUAGCAAGAAAUCCAGGCCCCGCGACGCGUCCAAUGAAGAUUCGGAUGAAGAAGACUUGGACGGCCUCGCCCCAAGCAACAAGCUCAACAAGGCUUCCAUCCUCACCAAAGCCGUGGAGUAUAUCCGACAUCUUGAAUUUCGAACAAAGAGGCUCGAGGAAGAAAACAAAUCGCUGAAAGAGCGAUUGGAAACUCUAGACAAGGUCAUUGCUCAAGGAGGUCAUGACGCUCAAAGAGCUACGGCUUUCACCAGUGACAAGAUUAUUGAGGAAUCUUGUACUCCUUCAGACACCAACUCGUCUCCGUCCGGGGCUGCAAAGAACUCAAACCCGCCUCAGGGAUUGAUCCCGCUUCCCGAAAGCUGGCGGCGGUUACGACAAAAUCAAUCGCAAGAACAUUAUGGACACGUCUACGAAACUCCUUCGGAUCGGUCCAGGUUCAAGGGCAAAUGGCCGACUCGAGUCAUGCUCGGGUCUUUGGCCGGCCUCAUGAUCAUGGAUGGCUUGAGCGAGUCAGAUACAGGCACAGAUUCACGAGAAAAAGGGCUGUUUGGAAUCCCUCUUGAACUUCUCGAUGGGUGGCAGUUCCUACGCUCCCCAAGGGUUUAUUUGGCCGCCUUCAAUCAAUACUGUCAAGCUGGAGGCAUUCUUCCCUUGGUCAAAGGCUUCGUCGCUUUGACGUUUCUCGCCUUUCUCGUUUUCUCAUACCUGUUCAACUCGAAACCUCCUCCGAAGGAUGACCUAGAGGAGGCCGGCACCCACUCCUCACGCGCACCAGCACCAGCAUCCCCGAUUGAGGUCAGACGGCGAGCCUGGAGUACCAGCAUGCAGGCGCUACGGCUUCCUCACCACAGUUUCUUCCCGGAAUGGAUGGCCAUCACAUCCGAGUGGCUCAAAUAUACCUUUGGCUGCCUGUUCGGCGCACGUGCAUACGCCUGGCUCACAGGCCGCACUGCUGAAGAUGACGUGGCCCGGAUUAAGGCUUGGGACAUCGCGAUUGAUGCACAAUUGGCCGGCGGGGAUGUCGAAGUCAGCCGCAGCCGAGUUGUCUUGACCAUAUUCGGAUCGGGCACUUUGCCCAGUACACCCCUGAGACUGAUGUUGAAGGCUUUGCACUGCCGGGUGUUGUUGUGGAACGUGGGCGCACUCGGAACCAUGACUUCCAGCAUUGCUAACCGUGUGGGGAAAUUCUUCGCCAAUCGACAAUGGAGUCGAGCCAAGCACACCCACGAUCGUCUACCUCUGCACCACUCGGAUCGGCUUCCCGCCUAUCUCUCCCAGAUGCUUGACACGCCGUGCGACGAGGUUUUCCUCGACACUGUCUGUCAAAGAGCCUAUAACUUGAUGUACGACCGGCCAACCCAGGAGAACUCCACAAAUCCACUUUUGGAUGUUGUGGUCGAGGACCAUGCCGUCCGCUCACCCCUGGAUGCCAUCGCGGCCUGGCGGUCGACAUACUCGCUGACACAAGCGUUGGAGCUGGUUUUCAACCGCCCAGAAGCUCUUGAGCUCCUGCACGAGCAUCUCUCAUACGCGCUUGAAGUUGCUCCUCCAGGUUCGGCUGCGGAAACGCGAGCCUUGGCAGCCAGUGCAGUGUUCAGUACCACCGCACGAAGCGCCUGUUUUGUCCGAGCAUCGAUGGCCAUGCAGGCCUCUUCUCCGAGCACGCAGUCAGCUUGUACUGACACCGAUGCACGUCCCCCUUACUUUAUCGAUUCCUCCACACCCGUAUCUGCCCGAGCCGACAUUAUGAAUUGUCUGCACUGUGCAGAAACCCUUCAGAUCUUAGAGUAUGAACAUGAUGAGCAGAAAGCACAUGCCUUCCUCUCCUCGAAAAAGAUUGAUCCCGCGAGCGGUGGCCUUUUGACCAAGGCAGCGGUUCAACAUCUUCGGCGACGACUACCAACGGCUAAAGCGCCGGCACAAGACGGUGCAGAUGAGGUUUGGGGCCUACCACACCAUGUCUUGGUCCAGGCUGACAGAUCGAGUGUGCACGAUAGCCUGGAGAAGCCACGACGGUACAGUACACGCAGCAAUGAUACUGGUUAUGAGAGCCUGGAGGAACUUUGCGCUGAGAGAGGAGUUGAGCAGGAGUUGCAGUUUUAA